AGUAAAUACUCUAUCGUCGCGAAAAACGGAUCAACGAAACGGAACGCAAAGCGGACACGGACUGUUUUUUCCGGGGAAAAACGCCGCCUUUCUUUGAUUUGUUUGGUGCUGUCGCGGAAAAUGUCACCGCCAAUCGCCAGCGCUUAGCUGUGAGUGAAUAAAUAAAUAGUUUUUAUAAAUAAUAGAGCACGAAAACACAAGACAAGUUCGCGGAGUUUUAGGAAAAAAGGAGUUGAGAGAAAAGAACAUCCUCUGCUCGGGAAACGUUUGUGUAUGUUUGUGUGUACUAUUAUUAACAAAUUAUAGGCAGUUGCUGAAGCAAAAACUCUAUUUCGCGUCGAGAGAGAGCCCAGAAAAAUUGGUGUCUACUCCUUGAAAAGGAGUUUUUCGCCUCUUCCUCUCUCUCCCCUGCCCGCUCUCUCUCUUUUGCCUACACGCUCUCUAACUGUGUUUGUUUCCGUGUGAGUGGUGUGUGCGUGCUGCAAUUAAAAACACAAAAAGUCAAGCAUUUUAAUUAAAAAUCUAAAUCACAAUUAUUUUUUAAACCGCCAGAGAGGUGGAAAUUGCAAUUCGCUCUCUUUCUCUCUCUGUUGGAAGCUGAAGAAGAAGAAGCAAAGCAGACGCCGCACACUAAUACCAACGCAUUUUCGCUGUGGUAACGGAAUCAACCAAAAUGUUGUGAUCUCAUACCCUCUGGAAAAUCGAAACUCUGGAAGCGAAUUUCCCUCCACAGCAGGAAACCGAAGAGAAACCACAGCUGAAGCAGCUAGGAAAACAACACAAACCAAAUUGCAAUGACUGAGCAGAGUAUAAUUGGGGCCAGAGCCUCUGUGAUGGUGUACGAUGACAACCAGAAGAAGUGGGUGCCUUCGGGCAGUUCGUCGGGAUUGAGCAAGGUGCAGAUCUACCACCACCAGCAGAACAACACCUUCCGAGUGGUGGGGCGAAAGCUGCAGGAUCACGAGGUGGUGAUCAAUUGCUCCAUUCUGAAGGGACUGAAGUACCACCAGGCCACGGCCACAUUUCAUCAGUGGCGCGAUUCGAAAUUCGUCUACGGGUUGAACUUCUCGAGCCAAAAUGAUGCGGAAAACUUUGCAAGGGCCAUGAUGCAUGCCCUGGAAGUGCUCAGCGGACGCGUGGCGAACAAUCCAGGUGGUCCGCCCACAAAUGGAAAUGGCUACGAGGAGGAUAUGGGCUAUCGCACGAUGACCAGCGAAGAUGCGGCCAUUCUGCGGCAGAACAACAGCAUAGGUGGCCACGUCACGCCCUCGGCUCAGACGCCCACCUCGCAGACCAACCAGAACAGCAUCCCCCAGAGCCCACCGACGCCCCAGGGUCAUCACCGCACCAGCAGGAAUUCCCUCAGCGCCCCACCGGCACCGCAGCCCCAACAGCAGCAGCAGCAACAGCAGCAGCAGCAGGCGCAGCAGAUGGGUCAGCCGGGAUCCCAUUACGGACCCACUGGCAACGGACCCACUUCCAAUGGCCUGCCUCCGCAGGUUAACCCACAGAUUCCGCCGGCACCGCAGCAGCAGCAGCCACAGCAGCAACAGUUUCAGCAGCAGCAGCAGCAGCAACAGCAAUAUCAACAGAUGGUACAGGCUCAGGCGGGCUAUGCGCCCAAUCAGCAGUAUCAGCAACCCCACUACGUGCUCUCCAAUUCUAAUCCCAAUCUCACUGUGCACCAAUACCCGACACAGCAGCAGCAGCCGCAGCAGCAGCAACAGCAGCAGCAGGCGCCCCAGCCGCCGCUCCAGAACGGUGGAAUGUACAUGGUGGGUCACGGCCAUCUACCGAGCUCCGCGAGCGCCAACAGUGUCGUGUACGCCAGCCAGCAGCAGAUGCUCCCGCAGCCGCAUCCGCAGGCCCCUCAGGCGCCGGCGAUGCCGGCUCCGGGCUACGGAGGUCCUCCAGUGCCGCCGCCACAGCAGCAGGCGGAGAAUCCGUACGGCCAGGUGCCCAUGCCGCCGCCCAUGAAUCCGUCGCAGCAACAGUCGCAGCCCGGUCAGGUGCCGCUCAAUCGCAUGAGCAGUCAGGGCGGUCCGGGUGGCCCGCCGGCUCCUGCUCCGCCCCCGCCACCGCCCAGUUUUGGGGGCGCUGUUGGCGGAGGUCCGCCGCCACCAGCCCCGCCACAGAUGUUCAAUGGCGCCCCGCCGCCACCAGCCAUGGGCGGAGGCGGAGGUGGAGGUGGACCACCGCCGGCUCCACCGGCGCCGCCAGCCAUGGGGGGCGGACCACCACCGGCUCCGGGCGGUCCGGGGGCACCACCGCCUCCUCCGCCGCCGCCGGGACUGGGAGGAGCGCCUAAGAAGGAUGAUCCCCAGGCAGAUCUCAUGGGCUCACUGGCCUCGCAGCUGCAACAGUUCAAGCUCAAAAAGAAUAAGACCACAGCCUCUGCCCCGGAGAAUAGCGGCAGCAGCACCUCCAGCGGAGGCAGCGGCAACUAUGGAACCAUCGGACGCAGCUCCAACGGCAUGGCCUCCAUGAUGGACGAGAUGGCCAAAACGCUGGCCAGACGACGCGCUCAAGCCGAGAAAAAGGAUCCCGAUCCUGAGCCCGAGGUGAAGAAGCGUCCCUGGGAGAAGUCCAACACGUUGCCCCACAAGCUGAGCGGAGGCGCCGGCAGCGGAUCGGCUGGAAGUGGCCAUGAAGGGGCGAAUGGAAGCUCGGGUGGAGCUGGGAGCAACACAACGAACAGUGGCGGAGAGUCCCCGCGACCCAUGCGCAAACGGUUCGGCAGUGCCAGCGAGGAGACCAUUCUUAAGCAGGUAAAUGGCGAUGGCCUGUCGCUGGCGUUAUCUAACGGCGACUUGGACACACUGAAGGCUGAGAUAGUACGCGAAAUGCGAUUAGAGAUCCAGAAGGUCAAAAACGAGAUCAUAGAAGCUAUCAAAUCGGAGUUCAAUCGCAGAUAGAUCAAAGCACUGUCACGAUAAACGCCAACGGGCACCAGGCUCCAACGAACUCCCAUCACUGCUGUCGUCCCGUAAUUGGACGAAGAUCAGGAUCAGAAUCAGGAGCCAGGAGGAGAGCAGGAGCCGGGCGUGUAGUUUAAGACAUUCGCGAAGUAUUCGAUGAUCGAAGCUCGCAACAUUGCCAGAAUGUUGACGAUCGAUCGACGAGGCAGUGGCUUGUGCAUUGAUACGCAUAUUUAUGAUGCACUUGCUCUAGGUUAACAAAAACAACAUCUAGGCUAACACAAAACCACACACACACACACAAAUGCCGAGGCGAAGAAGAAAUUUAGUCAAAGUAAUUAUAUUUUAAAGGAUAGAACUGCUUACCUAACCGACUUCUAAGUUAUGUAACUAACUCUGUUGUACAUUAUUUUGCAUAAGUCUAUAAGCCAAUUUUAGUGUGAGAACAGGAGUAUUGCUUGCAAUGUUCGGUAUAUCGUAACCCCCCGCCCAAUCUCUCUUUCCUUUGUUUUCCAUACCCCCACCUCAUCCAUUUUUUUAGUUUGUUAUGAUCCCCGGGAUUUUUCCACUGUUUCGUACCAAAAUCAAAAUCAACAACGUUUGUAAUUAAACAUAGAACUAAUCUCUCUAUACACAAACACAAAAAACAAAAACAUGCAUAUAUAUACGGUUUAAUAUAUAUGGACUACUCAUUAACCUAACCUAAAGGGAACUAGUAUUACGACUCAAAACGAAACGAAAACAAUUCCACAAACGUCAUCCAUCAAUGCUCCCAAAAAUGAAAAAAGAAGAAAAAGGAAAACUCUCCACGCAUUUCCUCCAACAAAACCACAACACUUUCCUAAGCACACGAUCUCAUACGACUCAAUUUAAGAACCAGCAAGUCUUCAGAGUAAAUCAGAGAAACAAACAAAAACAGUUCAAAGCGGAAUUGAGCGUGGUGUUCAGGACUCAGACUUAGCUCGAGCGACUUAGCGUUAGUAUCACAUGAAUAACCCCUGCGAUCCAGCGAUCUAUACGAUCUAUACAGCGAAAUUAGAAAGCUAAAUUAACAAUCGACUGCUGCGUAUUAUACACAUAAAUAAUACUUAUAAAUAUUUAAAGGAAAGCCACUAAAUAUUGUACACUCCUCCCCAGACUCGGCGGACAAGCCGAUCCUGAACAUAUGCGUACCAAUUCAACUUCCAUAUACGACUAAGACUAAAUAGCGAAAUUAUUGAAUGAUAGCAAGCCAAGCAAAUCGGAAAAUGGUGGAUCAGAUAGCGAGGAAAAGGAAGACCGGACAGGGGCAGAAGAAGGAGAGUUUAGUUCUUAAGCAUAACGAAGUGAAAUUGUUUAUUAAGUGGACAAAAAUUUAUUUAUACUGAUGAGAGAGAGAGAGAGAGAGAGAGAGUGGUAGUUGUGUAUAAUUCGAAUGCAUAUAUACAUUUUAAUUUUUUGUAAUUUAACAAUAAUUUAUAUUGACUGUGCGAGGUUGCGUCGAUAUAUGAUUAUAUAGAGUAUAUGAAAUACCUAGUUAUAUGGCGGCCACACACACGGUCCGGUGUGUAUGUAAAUGUUAUGAUUUUUGUAUUUUUAUAUAUGAUCUUUGCAUUGCGAAAACAAUGGAAACAAUUUAAUAUUAAACACACGUAAACUAUUUUAAACGAAGCAAGCGGAAAUCGAUGCGCGUUGCAGCGGGCGCAACUUUUUAUGUAUUAAAUUAAAUAUAUUAUACACUUAUAUACAACCAGAAUAUUCAAUAUACAUACAAGAGAUGACGAAACGAAGAAGCAGCCGGCAUUAACUCGAGAUCAAAAUAUAUAUUAAAAAUCAGCAACGGAUUCACUUAGAUCGUUAAGGGGCGUAAGUUAUAUAGCGGCGGCGAUCGGGACGGAAUAGAAGCGCAAAAACAUUAUAUGCAUAUUCAACAAAAGAACGUAAAGUGAAAUAAACAAGCAACGUUUGUAUGUAAAAACCAA